AUGCCUGUUACAAUGCCUCCCGAAUCCGGCUUCCAUCGCAUCAGACGCGCAAAGUCGGCGCCAUCUGUACAGAAGCGUCGUCAAGCCGCCGCUGUCUCGAAGCCGCUCGAGUCUGAGGUUAAUCGCCAUCAUGCUACCACCGCUGCAUCACUGGCAAUGGCACUAGCAAAAGCUAGAACGCAUGCACUACAAAAGCCGGCAGCAUCUUCAAGUGAAAAGCCAGGAUCAAUGCCUUCUUCCCGAGCUCUUCGUCGCCGCUCUUCGCUUACUAGUAUUACCGCAGAAGCCAUCUCGACAGGCCCCAGCUAUGGUAUAGCAUCCAAUGUUUACACAUCUUCUCAUCAAGCUGGCAACAAGACAUAUGAUUCCUCACCACUUAGAGUUCCAUCGAUACCCGACCUCCAAGGGUUUGGAGUUGACGGAGAUCUUUCUGCUCCAUCCUCAUUCCGUCGGCUCCGCAAGUCUCGAUCUAUGCUUACUACAAAAUCAAUGAGAAACCUUCGUGCUACAGGUCUUCCAGCCAGUCAUUCCGAAGAGGCAGAGUCUCCUUUUCUGAGAAGAAGCGUCGAUACCACAUCCGGACAUAGGUCGCUCCGCCACUCUCUGUCGUUUUUUAGCGGCUCAAUCAGAAGAAUGAAGAGUCACGGUGCUCUUUCCGCUCGCAGACCAAAGAUUGAUGAUGAGCCUCCGGUUCCUACCUUACCUAGUGGUAGUGGAGCUCGGCCUACACGCAAACCGAUGAGGACCACCGUCCGAAAAAUGCGAGAAUACAGUCCAGAAGAUGAUGCUUUCCCAAGCAGCAAUGGUAGCAAAAAUCAAUCAAAGGCCCGGUCAUUCUCCAUCAACAUCAAAAAGCGCUUGAAACGAGUUCUUGGUAUCCCAAGCUACGAUGAGAGUCAAUCUCCAGCAAGUCGAUCAUCAUCGUAUGAUGGAAAUCUGAUUUUCGAAAGUCCCGCGUUUACUGAUGAUACCCUACGCCCAAGCCUACAUUCAACCAGAAGCUCUGAAAGCUUCGCCACCUCGGCGUCUCGUGUCACAAGCUGGACCGAUUCCACCGCAGGAAACACAGUCAGGACAAGACAUACCAUGGGCCGCCAAUCUCUUGCAACCAUUGAAGAGGGCUAUGACUUUGCUGACAGACUGUCGCCGGGUGAUACAGAGACGUAUGAGCCUAAUGAAAGCAGUCGAUACAACAGAGUGAUCGACUCUCAGCGAGUUUACUCGGCUCUCAUGAGACACAUUGACGAAACCGCGGCCAGAGAUGGAGAAAGGGUCAUAUCAACUGGUGCGGUCAAAGGAUCUCCAGUGAUCGUGGAACGUUCACCUUCAGUCCAUACUUUGAAGCAUCACAGCGGCAUUCACAAAGUACCAAGUGACCUUUCGAUGAAAACGGCUCGAACCUCAUUCAUGGUCGAACAUCAACCACAGAGCUCCCAAAGUCAUUCACUGUUACGUUCUCGGGAUUACAUGGCUGAGAGCCCUGUCAACUCAAUUGAGACAGACCAGACGCGUCAGCCCUUAUCAAGGAGCUCUAGCCGAGUGAAUGUUAGAGACUCAAAACCAGCGUUCUUCCCAUCAGGAUCGUCGCCAAGACUGAAGACAUCGAGUCCAUACAAGGCCUCGAUGAGUUCAAUCCGUGAGAUACAUGACGAUUGGGAUACGUAUAAUCCACGGAUCAAUACCAUAGGCGCUAACAACGACAAGCCUGCUGAUCUGGAUUCACCAAGCGUCUACUCGCGUACUACAAGUGGCCGUGCAGCCAGCCGCGAUGCCUUGGAAGAUGGAUUCGAGGAACCUUUUGAGCCUGGUAUGGCCACCAUAUACGAUAUUCAGGUGCCUUACAAGUCCCCAAGAAGAAAAGACUCGCCAGCCAUAGAACCUGGGCCAAAAAGCAGUGCGGAAUGGAAGGAAUGGGUGAAAUAUCAGAUGGAUAACCUUGAUAAAUUCGAUAUCCCUCAUUCGGCAGACCAACGAGAGCAUCACCGCGAAGAGGCCAAGUGCGAUGAACAGGCUUUACCUCAAGAAUCUCCUUGGGACGUCAUUUCAAAAUACACUGCCACAGAUAGAGAUAAGUCUCUCAAUCGGCCUCAGCAGACCUAUACAUCUCGAAAAAACUUGGCGGUGACUGAGUUUAGAGCCCAUGAACAGAAUAACUUCUCCAGGCCUAUCAGCCGACAGUCAAUGAGUUCACUUCGUGCUGCAGCUCAGCGUCAGCCCUCAAUUCUUGAAACCAAGCCAAGUCAUAUGGAUAUACGAGGCCACCUGGUUGAUCCAUUCUCCGGUGAUAAUCCCGUUAUGAUUAACAAUCCUCCUUAUGGUCGACAGGCUAUCAGGGCAGCCCGCGAGGCGAGGCUAAAUCGCGGCAUGUCGAGACGGAACACAUUGAAACUGGAAGAUGAUCAACCAGAUGCAAAGGCUGUCCAAUUUCGCUCAAUUCGUGAGGUACCUGACAUUGGCAAAUGGAACAAAGAGAAUGAAAUGUCUCCAAGAAUGAGAGAUAAAUAUGAGAGAACUGGACUCUCUAAAAUAGAAGACAUGCCCAAGACGAUGGGUGGCAGUAAGCGUAUGGUUGAUGAUUUUCUGCUGGAGAGACAGCCCGGUCGUCAGAGUCCAGAUUCUAUCACCAGUGAGAGUGCGUUUGUCUAG